AUGAUAUGCAGUUGUUGUGGAAAGGAAAAAAAAUCAGCUAGUCAGAAAAAAACAUGCAAAAAAUGUCGCCAAAAACUGAAACGAAGAAUAUCAAAAGCAAAAGCUCUUGAUAUUUCUAACAGUUCUAAUUGGUUUGGUUCUUCAUCUCCACAUUUAAAUGAAAACGCCGCUCCUCCUAUAGACAGUAAUAAACCACGUAAUAGCAAAACCUAUUUGAAAAAUGAAGAAUUUGAUAGUCAACAAACUAUAGAUGUUCCUAAUAGUCAGCUUAUCGUGGAAAUGUCUCCUCAGAAUUAUUAUGGAGAUCAUGUUUACGAAAAAGUAUCUUUUGAACAGAAUAGUGAUAAGCAAAGUAAUUAUGAAGUUAAUAAUCAGAUUCAACAAGACGAUUUAGUUCGGAUGAAUCAAAUCGACUUGGCGGAAAAAACACAAGAAGUUUUAGAAGAUAUGGAAGAUGAUAAUAACAGUAUUGAUGAUGGAUACGACAAUCUUGAAACAGAAUUCGGUAAUUUUCAGGACGAUUACGGAGACGCCAGUUACCUAGAAUUCAGUCAAGAUAGCAUGGAAAAUUCUAUAGAGACAGAGGAAAACCUUUCAGACCCUUCAAAUAGUGGAGCUAAUUUGCCAAAUAUUGGUGUAAUCGAAGGAUUACUAGAGAGGAGUGAUAUAAGUAUAGAUAAUUGGGCCAAGGUGGUUAACAAAAAGACGGGAAAUAUUAUUGAUAUUCAUACAACAGAAAAGUGGCUAAAAUUUAUUUUUCUAACAGAAAGCAUAUAUACAAAAGCUUCGGCUAAAGAAAAGAUAUUAGAGGCUAUCCCAGAAAGCAAUUAUCAAAUUAUUAGGAGUGGUUUCAUACCACGUCCAAUUAAUUUCGCUAAAUUGUAUGAUCUACAAUACUGUCCAGAGUGUACAAGACUCAAGUCGAUCCAAAAUCAUUUUUCUCAUCGAAUUCCUUCUUCUCUGAGAGAAAAGUGUACUUAUCGAGGUCCAUUUAAAUUGGUCAAGGGUAUCGCAUAG